AUCUGAAACGAAACGCGUUUGUGGCUUCAGACGGCGAGUGGCAGUCGUACAGCAAAGACGUAGUAUUCCGUUAUCCUCAAAAGCCAGCUAAAAAGAAAAAAAUAUACCCACAAUCGAAAAGUUGGUCAGACAACUUUUUCGCUCAUCAAGAAAUACCAACAAAAAACAAACAAAAAAAAACACAACACAACAACGCAGAAAAGUUCAACAAAAACUUCCUUUUACUUUUAUUCGAAUUUUUUUUGGAAAAAUUUUCUAUUGAUUUAUAGAUGACCGAGAAGGAUACCGUCUCCAUGGCUACCGUGCAAAUGAAGCCCGACUAUGCGGCCAGCGAGGUCUAUAGCACCGCCAGUGAGCCGCCACCGAUGGGAUUUUUUAACUUUAAUCAUCAGGCCUACAAGCGUCAGGCGAAUUCGGUGAAAAUCGCCAAGAUCACCGCCUUCACCGUCAUCGUUUCGGCCUUUAUCCUGGGCUCCUUCAUUCUGGCCUCAUCGUAUCUGCAGGCCAAGGCCUCGUGCGACCAGGUCCAGGCCCUCGAUUCGGUGCUGGAGAAGGAGCUGAUGCUCGAGACCCUGCAACAGGUGGGAAAGGAACUCCCCCGCGCUGAACCUCUCCUGGGCGGACCCAACUCUGCCGAUGAUUCUGAGCUGCAGGAUCUCGACCAAGAUAUGCGCAAGUCGGCCAAGGAGGACUCUUUGGACAAGGACAACACCUCGGACAAGGACAACUCCUAUUCGGAGAGCGAUGAGACCGACGAGCUGCAGAAGUUGCCCGGCAAAAUGCCGCUCGAGCUGGACUUGAGCGACCUGGCAGCCGCCAUUCUGCGGAACAACAAGAAAUCCCGCAUGAACUGCGUGGUGGAGCGCAAGCAUGCCGAGGAGAUUGUCGACUCGCCCUCGAAGACGGUGGCCCUGCCAUUCGGCGUGAACCUGACGACAGAUCCCAAGAAGGCCCGCAUCACCGGGGAGCGCAUUUCGAUCUUCUGCGAUGGCGGAGACGAGGCCAGUCGGGAGGAGAAGGAGGCCAAGCGGCAGCGGGAGGAGGAGGAGGACUCUGACGAGGAUUCCGAGCCCCUGCGUCCCAUGUUCAUUCCAUUCCAGCGCGUGCCCAUUCCCUUCGGCCGCAUGCCCGACCAGAUGCCACUGACCCACAUGCCCCAGCGCAUGAUGCCCCCGGCCAUGCAGAUGCACCAGCACCAGCAGCUGCCCCAGCAGCAGGGACCAAUCAUCAUCCGCCAGCUGCCGCCCCCGUUCCAGCACCUGCCCAUGCGUCCCCCCAUGCCCCCGCAGGUGAUGCAGGCCCCGCGCAUGGAGUCCUCCGAGGAGCAGCAGCAGCAGCAGCAGCAGCCCAAGAUCCAGACCCUGCGCAUCCACAUGCAGCAGCUGCCCUUCCGCGAGAUCCACGUGGCCGACGAUGUGCCCAUGCAGAUCCCCGCCCAGCACCGCGAGCAGCAGAUGAUCCAGCAGCAGCGCGAGAUGCAGCAGCAGCGCGAGAUCCAGCAGCAGCGCGAGAUGCAGCAGCAGCGCGAGAUGCAGCAGCACCGUGAGAUGCAGCAGCAGCAGCAGCAGCAGCGCGAGAUGCCACAGAUCCAGAUCCAGCACAUGCCCCUGGGCAUGGCCCUGCAGCGUGUGGGCAUCACCGCCGAUGAUCUGCGCAGCAUCCAGCGCAUGGCCGAGGACCGCAUCACCGACGAACUGCGUCGCCUGGCCGCCGAGGAGAACACCGACUCCAACGAGGGCAAUGCCUCCAGCGAGGAGGAUGAGCGCACUGACGUCUCGUCCAGCUCUUCGGAGCAGGCCACCACCGAAUCCCAGUCCCAGACGCAGCCCCAGUCGCAGCCCGAGCAGCAGCAGCAGCCCGAGCAGCACCAGCAGGAGACCAGCGAGCAGCAGCAGCAGCAGCAACAGCAGCCGGAGCAGCAGCCCCAGAUGCGCCUGCAGCGCCUGAUCCUGCAGCCUCUGCCCGAGCAGCCACGUGAUACCAUGACCCCACCCAUGCCCGAUCAGCCACCACAGCUGCAGUUCGGCCGCAUGGUCUAUGGCCGCAGCCUGGCCCAGCCCGUGCGCAUUCCCGUGCCCAUGAUGCAGGCGAUCGAGGCAGGAGCCGCCGCCGAAGAGUCGCAGCGACCACACUUCGUCCAGCCUCGUUCCGUUUAAGUAACAAGAAGACCACGCCUGUGAUUGCUGCUCUGCGAAUCGAAUCUCGACGAGAAACCAAGGAGGAGUAGAAGGAGGAGCCAAGGAGUCAACCAAACCACCCCCCCACCCCCACGAAUUCAAUUUGUAGCAGCCUCUGUCCCCAAUAAAAAAAAACCCCAAAAGUAAAGAAAAACAUCAAGCAAGCAACAAAAGAAAGAAAGAAAAAAAAAACCAAAAGAAAAGAUUUAAAGAGUUUUCCAAACAUAUUUUUUGUGGCCUUCUUCUAUAUGUCUCCCCCUCGUAUAUUUGUAUAUUUUAUAUAUGAUUUAUAUAUAUCCGAUAUAUCUGAUAUAUCCUUAUGUAUCUGCGUGUCUAACAAACAAACAAGCAAACAUUCCACAAUCCAAAUCCAAAAAAAAAGAAGCAAAUCUCCUGUGAAUCUCCAAAAUGUGAAAUGAAUGAAAAUUGUGAAAGUUUUUCCAAUGCAGUUUUUCUUUCAGUACUCUUUUUUUUUUUUGUUUUGAAUUGUCUACAGUUUUGUUUUUCCCACACACAAACACUGCAUACACACACACACACACAUGAAAAAAAAAAAUAAAUCCGAUGGAAAUUUUUGUACAUAAA